AUGUUGGAAGGGACGGAGCUUCCGCAGUCACCGGCUUCCAUGGCACAGCUUGCCGCCCACCCCGAGCUGGCUUGCGCCGCAUCCAAAGGUGGAUACACCGUUGCACUCCACAUUGUGGCAAUCUUUGCGCUUUUGAUAGCGUCUCUUCUUGGGACGAUGCUUCCGCUGAUAGGCAAGUACAUCUCCUGCCUUAGCCUGCAUCCUUUCGUUGUUGUCAUCGGCAAGUGCAUCUCCUCUGGGGUGGUGAUGGCGGUUGCCAUGGUGCACAUGAUGCACAAUGGCGUUCUUGGGUUCAUGAAGGACUGCGUGUCACCCUCGCUGCGGGAGUCAUUUGAUGCAUUUUCACUUGCGUUCGCGAUGCUUGCGGCGAUGCUGAUGCAUGCAUUGGAUGUGCUAAUGGAUUUCAUGCUUGAGAGUUGGGAAAAGGGGAACACAAGCGGGACUACAUCCCAACUGGAGGGAGCCGAGAUGCCUGAUGUGGAUGCGGUGCCCAGCGGGCAGGAGCUGUCGGGUGCGGGAUGCCACAACCAUGGGGCCCUUGCCGCCGCGCGCCUCAACAGUGCGAAAAGUGUCGUUGCAGCGAUAUUCAUGGAGUUCGGCUUGGCCUCGCACAGUGUGUUCUUGGGCCUUUCUGUGGGGAUUGCGCAUGAUGCCGAGACGCGUGCAUUGCUUGUGGCGCUGGUGUUCCACCAGAUUUUUGAGGGGCUUGCACUGGGCUCACGUCUGGCGGACGCGUCGAUGAACUUUAAGCUGGAGCUGCUGAUGACGAUUAUCUACGCCGUCUCUGUGCCGUUGGGCACCGUGGUGGGGGUCGUCGUCGUGACGACCUCCAAUAUCUCCCUGACGGGCACAACCUUCGUCACGGUGCAGGCGGUGAUUGACUCGGUGUGCGGCGGCAUCCUGCUGUACCUGGGCUUCACGCUUCUCCUCAACGACUUCCGGGCAGACCUGCGGGAGUUUGCCGGCGGGGCUGCGGCGCAGCGUGGCUGGAAGCGGUUUGGAAUGCUUCUGGCGCUGUGGGGAGGGGCGACCGUCAUGACGCUUCUUGGCAAGUGGGCGUGA